AUGUCAUCGAAUUACUCAAACGAUCAUCAAAAUAACACUACUGUUACAGCCACUACUACUACUACUACCACUGCCGAUCAACAGGUUCCUAGCCCAGGUUCGAACUCGAAUUCGAAUUCGAAUUCGAAUUCUGUUAUUCCAUUACCACCGACGGCUACGAUUGAAACUUCCUCUGAACCACCAAGAACUCUUUGGAUGGGUGAUUUAGAUCCGUCAUUUGAUGAAGUUACGAUUCAACAGAUUUGGUCACAGUUAGAUAAAAGAGUGUUUGUUAAGUUGAUUAGAGCAAAGAAGAAUCUUUUAAUUCCUUGCAGUUCAACAGCAGGGACACAGUCUCAACAGCAGUCCCAAGUACAACAAUCAUUACCACCACCAACUCAAGAGGAUCAAGAUAGCUCCGCUGAGAAUACUCAGAAAAUUAAUAUUAAUGGAAUUUCAUUUAUUGAUCCCGCAACUACUCCGUUGCACCAUGCAGGUUAUUGUUUUGUCGAGUUUGAAACUCAACAGGAUGCUCAAUUUGGCCUAUCAUUAAAUUCAACUCCGUUACCGAAUUUCAUUUCUCAAUCUAGUGGUUUGGCGACAAAUCCAACCGGUCAAAGGAAUUUUAGACUGAAUUGGGCAUCAGGCGCAACUUUACAAAGUUCUAUUCCAUCAAGACCUGAAUUUUCACUUUUCGUUGGCGAUCUUUCACCAACAGCAACGGAAGCCGAUCUGCUAUCACUUUUCCAGCAGAAGUUCAAGUCUGUCAAAACUGUCCGUGUAAUGACUGAUCCCAUUACAGGUGCUUCAAGAUGUUUUGGUUUCGUUAGGUUUGGCAAUGAAGAAGAGCGUAGAAGAGCUUUGGUGGAAAUGAAUGGUGUUUGGUGUCAAGGUCGUUGUCUAAGAGUUGCCUACGCAACUCCAAGAAAUAAUAUGAUGUGGCAAGUUCAAGGUGCUCAAGGUCAACAACCUGCUAAUCCAUCUUCUUCAAAUCCUCAAAAUUCUUCUCAGACUCCAUUGUUGGUGAAAACAGCCAAUAGUAUGAUUGGUGGUGGUAAUAAUGCCGCAAGUGGCGUCGGUGCUAACCCAGCUCCAUCAGCUACAGUAGCAUCUAACGCCCCCAUCACAGCCGCUGGUGCUGGUACUAGUGGUAACAACAAUAACAACAAUAACAACGUACCACUACCGUUGUCACAUUAUAAUUUACCUCCACCAAUUUCCACUCAGCAAUUACCAGAUUUUUCUUCAUCAGCCCAGGCUUAUACCACUGAUCCUAACAAUACAACAGUUUUCAUUGGUGGACUAACCCCAAAGAUUAAUGAAAAUCAAUUACAAACCCUUUUCUCACCGUUUGGUAAUAUUCUAACCGUAAAAAUUCCACAAGGCAAAAAUUGCGGAUUUGUUAAAUUCGAGAAAAGAAUUGAUGCUGAAGCUGCAAUUCAAGGCAUGCAGGGUUUCGUGGUAGGCGGAUGCCCAAUUAGAUUGUCAUGGGGUCGUAAUACAGUCUCUACGCCAACAAGUGCUGGUACUGGUAAUAAUAGUAAUAAUGCGAAUCUUCUUCCACAAUUUCUUCAACAGCAGCAACAGCAGCAACAACAGCAACAAUUUUUGACAAAUCAAUCGAAUCCUUAUGCCUAUGUCCCCAUGUCACAUUCAUCAUCUUCAGUUCCUUCUCAACCGCUAGAUGUUUAUCAAAACUCGAUGAUGCAAGCUCAAGCGGUGCAAGCGGCUCAAGCCCAAGCCCAAGCCCAAGCCCAAGCUCAAGCUCAAGCUCAAGCUCAAGCACAAGUUCAAGCCCAAGCACAAGCCCAAGCCCAAGCUCAAGCCCAAGCUCAAGCUCAAGCCCACGCACAAGCUCAGGCGCAAGCAAGAGCCACACAGGCCGCACAGGCCGCACAAGCCCAACAAAUGUGGUGGUCAGGUAAUCCUUCAUGGGUACCUACGUCUGGUGGUGGUCCCUAUCCAGGUGGAAUUUACGGCGGUGGUCCUGGUGGCAACGAACCACUAGCGACUCCUCAGCAGAUGAAUAUGCCACUUAUGUAUCAACAAUUGGCAAGGGCUCAAUCUACAGAUUCUUCUCAGGGUGAUUCGAAUGGUCGGUUUGACUUGGUUAACGAACCAACUAGUACAGGUGGUAGUAUACCACCAAUUCCACCCCCAGUGCUAAGGUAA